GGCAAGGAGGUCACGCGUACCUGCAGGAAUGGCUUUGGUGGGCAGGGCUGCUGUGCAUGGGAGUUGGAGAAGCAGCAAAUUUUGCUGCCUAUGCCUUUGCCCCUGCAACGCUGGUAACUCCGCUGGGUGCUCUAAGUGUCCUUGUUAGUGCAGUUCUGUCUUCCACCUUCCUGAACGAGCAGCUGAAUAUUCAUGGGAAGAUUGGCUGCGUCCUGAGUGUCCUGGGCUCCACAGUGAUGGUGAUCCACGCUCCGCAAGAAGAAGAGGUUUCCAGCCUGGAGUCAAUGGCAGAGAAGCUGAAAGAUCCAGGAUUCAUUGUAUUUGCUGUCUGUGUCCUGGUGAGCUCCCUUCUGCUUAUCUUUGUGGCUGGACCUCGUUAUGGACAGAGCAACGUCCUGGUUUAUGUUUUGGUCUGCUCUGCCAUCGGGUCGCUUUCUGUGUCCUGCGUCAAAGGCUUGGGGAUUGCCCUGAAAGAACUGUUUUCCAGGAAACCUGUCCUGAAAGAACCACUGAGCUGGGUGCUCCUGGUGUGCCUGGUGAUCUGCAUCAGCGUCCAGAUCAACUAUCUGAACAAAGCCUUGGACAUCUUCAACACGUCUGUGGUCACACCCAUUUACUAUGUGCUGUUCACCACAGCAGUCAUGAUGUGCUCUGCCAUCCUCUUCAAGGAGUGGCAAAACAUGGUACUAGACAACAUCGUCGGCACCAUCAGCGGCUUCCUCACCAUCGUGUCUGGCAUCUUCCUCCUGCACGCCUUCAGGGACAUGCCCUUCACCCCCAACCUCCUGCCCCUCUUCCUGCAGCAAGGCAGGGCAGACCUGCACACCUCGUGGAGGAGUGCAGACAGACAUCAGUCAUGCCAGCACCAGCCUCUCCUGCCCUCAGAGGACAAAGGAUCUCAAAGCAUAGAGGAGGAAGAGGAGGAGGAAGGUCAAAGCGUGUGA